AUGGGUGUCGGUGGGUUCAAGUGCACCGCUCCUACCGAGGCUCAUGCAAGCUCUGGCGCCGACGAGCUCGGGAGUACGUGUAGCAGCGACUUCGGGUCCACGACGUCCACAAGCACGACUGCAACCUCCAAAACCCAGAGACGAAUGGGCUGGAUGAGACGGAUGGGCCCCAAGAGGGCAAAACUGCAGCGAAGGAAGAACGAAUCAUCCGUGCUACUUCCUCGCACAUUCACAACACCGCCACCGCCAUUGGGGCCAUCGCACACGGCGCCGGCAAUUCAUGCUCGGCGAAGAAAGGGGUUCUGGAACGGCGAAGUUACGUGUACUGCCAUCAUCGAAGACCUGCGGGACCAGCUUUCCGAGGACGUUGAUGAUGCUAAGAGCAGGAAGGUAGAACGCAGGCAGCCCCCUGAAAAAAGUAAGGAGUUCACGGAUUGGAGAGAAGCAUUGGAGCACUUUAGGGUCCCUUGA